AUGAUUAACCUCCCAACAGACUGGGCAGGUGACCUCCAGCGGGGAGUGAAGGCCCAGCCCGCGUCCUCCCCCACCCCCCCCUCCCCCAUGACCACCCGCUCUGGCAUGGCCCUCCGGCGCCUCCAGAGCCAGGGCCCGGGCCCGGGCCCCAGGCCCCGCCGCCCCCCCUCUGUGCCCGUGAAGCAGGAGUUCCACCUGGAGGAGGAGAAGUUCUACACGGAUGAGGAGUACGUGGAGGAGGCGGAGGUUGAAAGCGAGGAGGAGGAGGAGGAGGAGAAGAGGAAGGGGGGCCGUGGGGGGCGGGCCUGUGGGGAGCCCAGGAUGAAGAUGAGGCGGGUCUUCAGGAUCACCCACGGCCGGGAGCGCCAGAGAGUGAAGGAUGCUGAUGGGGUUCUGAUGCGCUACAAGAAGAUCCUGACUACGUACCAGAAGGUGCGGAGCAUGUCGCGGGCGUUCCAGAUCCACGGGGUGGACCGGAACACCAUGGCCUCCACCUCGCCGGUCGCAGAGCUGCUGCUGGUCGCCCCCGAGAAGAUGGCGGAGGUGGGGGAGUUUGAGGCGUCUAAGGAGAAGCUCCUGGACUACGCCCGGCGCUGCUACAAAACCAUGGACGAGGCCACUCACACCAAGGUGCAGAGCAUGAAGAAGUCCCACGAGCUGCUGCCCAUCUCCUACCGCUUCAGGAACUAGCCUCCUCCCGCUUCAGGCCUCCUCCCGCCUCAGGAGCUAGUCUCUACCACUGCAGAGACUAGUCUGCUGCCAGCUAGCACUAGCUAGAUCAGGAGUAAUUUUGUUGUUGGUUUAACAGAUUUUUGUUCAGGAAGAAGUUUUGAGAAACAUGUCUUCGUGGUUCAACAUCUUAAGAACAAGACAAGAAGGGAUUUGAAGACUAUGUUAUUACAUUAUUAUUUUAUAACUCAAGAGUAUAUUGGUUAUUACAUUAUUAUUCUUUUUUUAUUUUGGUUCAGGAGUUAACUUACUAGGUUAAAGAUUGCAAUAACGCUGAUAAAAUGUGACUAAUUUCCUUCCUUCAUUUAUCUAUUAUUUUAUUUAUAUUAUUAUUUAUAUAUUAUUUAUUUCCGUCCGAUAGGAACGUGAUGGUCAGAGUUCCCUGUCUAGGAUUGAUUGUUCAUUUACUAAGAGAUUCCAGCCAAUAGUCUUGCUUGUUGUUUGCCUGCCAUCUAGUUUGUUUACAUCUAGCAAGCGAAUGGCUGCUGUUUAGGUUGUCCCUCCCGUUUAAAACAACCAAUGAAUGAUGAAGAUUCAGAUGUUUUUUUUCCGUUUGUUUUGUAAAGAGAUGCAAAGUACUGGAAUAUAAUGUAUCUCAAAUGAUCGUUUAAGAGGAUGACAUUUGUGUUUGCUGAAGCCCUUGUUUGGGAUCUUUCCCAACCUGUGUACCUUACGUUCUGGGGUUAAGGGAUACUGGAUAUUUGGUCUCAAAUCGUAAUAACACUGAUAAACUGUGAUUUACUAAUUUCCUUAAUCAGUUAAUGUAAUAUUAAUAAGUUUCAGCUUUUUCGUGUUAGAGGAUAUUGGAUUAACACAAUAAACCCUUUUCUCCCCUUC